AUGUCGGCUGGGUCAGACGCUGAGCCCGUCGUGGUGCGGGCCAAGACCCAGGACGUUCGGCGCGCCUGCAAGGUGGCGCUGAAGGCGGAGCGGCCGCCGCUCGAGGAGUGGCUCCCGCCCGGGUUCCGUGACAAGUGGUGCAUCCACCAGGCGGAUGGCCGCGUGGAGCCGCCUGACGCGACCAUACGAGAGAAGUUGAUGGGCUUCCCGGAGGGCCACACCGUGCCGUGCAUGACGAGCAGCCAGGCGAAGGCCGAGCCCGCCAAGUACGAGGCUCUUCGGCGGUCGCUCGUGGGCAACUCCUUCCAGUGCGAGGUCGUGGCCUGGAUCAUCAGCCACUGGGCCGUCGGAGCUGGGCUGCUGGUCUCGGUGCCCUCGCUGGGUGAGCUGCACGAGAGUGCGCGAGCCUGGGCUGGUGGCAGGAAGCUGUGGGCCGGCGAAGUGACGUCGCUGCGGUGCGGUCGCUCCGAGAUCGACGAGGGCCUGCACGCCAAGCUGGACCAGGCUGGCGGGCCCAUCUACGUGGGUCGUGGGUCUCGCCGCUGGGGGUUGGCCGCCUCGCGGUGGGGCAACCCUUUCACGAUCAGCCCCGAGCGGUCACGCGAGGACGCUGUUGCCCUGUUCGCUGGUUGGAUCCGCACGCAGCCCACCCUCCUGCAGAGCUUGGAGACGCUGCGCGGGGCCCUACUGGUCUGUCACUGUGGGCCCGACCAGGCGUGCCAUGCCGACAUCCUCUUGGCGGAGUUGGCGAAGCGUGACGUGGUGGAGUGGCGCGAGCUGGACGCGCCCAGACGCAUCGUCAUGGGGCUCGUCAUGGCGUGCCACAACAACGGAGCAGACAUCAGGACCGAUGGCGCCUCGGAGGCGCUCGGCAAGAUCUUCCCGCGGCAGGAGAUCGACUCAGGCAUUUGGCGGUGGCGCAAGGCAAGGCAGCUAGUGUGGGAUGCAGCAGAGCACAUCAACGUUCUUGAGUGCCAGGGCGCGCUGAUGAUGAUUCGAUGGCGGGCGCGGUCGGUGCGCCGCCACCAGUGCGUCUUCCUGCACCUGCUCGACAGCAUGGUCAACAUCGGUGCGCUGUCCAAGCACCGUUCCAGCAGUCCUCAGCUCAACAAGGUCGUGCGGACCUUCUCGGCGUGGGAGCUUGCGAUGGGCGCGCGGGCGGUAUUCGGCUUCACGUCGUCGGCUCGCAACCCCGCGGACGCCCCCUCGCGCCUCCGCGAUGGAGCUGGAAUGGGGAAGCUGAGGGACGCCAGGAUAAAGGCCUCGACACUGGCCCGCUACCGUGGCGCCGCUCAGCGUUUUGUUGACUACCUUGCUGCCAAUAACCUGCCGCUGCCUUUCACCUGGGACGAUAUUGAUAUCUGCCUGCAAGAUUAUCUUGAGCACUUGUGGGCCGAGGGCGCCACAAAAGGAGAAGCCAAUGACACCCUCAGCGGCGUGCAGCACCUGCUGAGGACACGACGCCGCUAUCCUGGCGCUUGGCAGCUGCUGACAGUCUGGGGCAGACUGGAGAUCCCUCAGCGCGCGCCGCCGAUGCCUGCCCAGGUCUGCACGGCGCUCGCCGGUUGGGCGCUCAGCCGCGGAGAGGUGGCCUUCGCGGCCGCGCUGCUCGUGGCCUUCCAUCUCUGUCUCCGCACUGGCGAGGCGUUGGGGCUGAGCGGCGGCGUCAUCUUUCUGAAGCCCUGUGGCCGAGGCGCGGUGUCGUUGCCCUGGACCAAGACCUCUUGCCAGAAGGGCGCGCGGGAGCAAGUCACGCUCGACGACCCGCUGGUUGGGGCAGUCGCCCAUGCGCAGCUCCAGCGUGACAGCCGGCUCUGGCCUGGCACGACGCGCGCCUUUCACGACUUGUUCCGUACUGGGCUCCAGCAGAUCGGUUGCAAGCACCUCGCCCUGUCUCCUUACAGCCUAAGGCGCGGAGGUGCCACGCAUGAGUUCCUGCUGUCGGGCGACUUGUCUAAGGUCAUGCUGCGUGGGCGCUGGAGCUCGGCAAGAACGGCAAAGAUAUACAUCCAAGACGGGGCUGCCAUCAUCGCAGAGAUGAAGCUCCAGGAUCGUACCCGUUCGACGCUCCAGCAGUUCUCCAAUGCACUUUUCGCUCGAGUCCGAGCGUUUUGCAGCCCGUGA